UGUUUACAUAGAUAGGAGUAUAGGUCAUAGGACACAGGUACAUCGUUAAUAAUAUUAAAUUAUUAAAUAAUAAUUUAUAUUGUGGUCGUCAGUCAACGUAACCCAACAACUUCCAUCGUCGACGUCAGUUUGUACUCACCGUCACUUGUCACGUGCCGCUCAUAGGUAUGGUGUCUGCUCUGCCCAUGUCUCCGUGAAAACUCAAAUUAAUAUCAACAGAGAUGUCGGCGGAAGACAGUGCCGUGGCCGGCCACCUGUUGCCGCUUUGCUGACAUUUUCAUCGUCCCGUUAUUCUCACCUCAAAUUUCUAGGCAAAGUGCAACACUCAAUUGACUUCUCAUCUUAACACUGUCGUCGCCCACGGCUUGACCGUCGCACCAGUUUUCCGAUUACACCAAAUCGAAAAUGGCUUGCUUCGGUUUCGACCGUGACGCGCCCGAAGUUCCGGGUCAAAUCCGUGUCCGGGGAUGUACGGACAUUGUAUGGCUGUGCGCAUUUUUGAUUCUCUGGUGUCUGAUGAUAUUUAUAGCUGUGUUUGCUUUUAUUUACGGCGAUCCUCUGCGUCUGAUCAAUGGCCAUGACAGUUUUGGAAACACUUGCGGUUCUUCUGGUAAUUCCAAAAUGGGCAAACUUUCCAACUUGGAUACUACAGAUAAAAAGUUCCUAUUCUAUUUAGACCCAGCAAACAUUGAACAUAGUAUGCAAAUAUGUGUUAAACAAUGUCCAGACAGUAAUAUAUUAACUUUAAAAGAUGUUCAAAAUUUUUAUAAUCGAACAGAAUCGUUACUUUGCAGCUAUAAUUUUGAUUUGAACAAUUUCACUACCGAUGAAGAGCUUUACAAAUCUACUAUUUUCACUACAUCUUUGGGGCCUUGUCCUCCAUUUCCAGUAUACAAAAGUCAUCAUGUGAUGAAUAGGUGUGUUCCUGAAGAAUUGAACAAUCAAACUUUGCCUUUGAUUUAUAACAUUUAUGGUAUGAUGAAUGAUUGGGAUUUCACAGAAGAAAUAUUGAACGAUUUGUACAAGACUUGGCCACAAAUGUUGUACUACACAAUAUUAGCUUUUGUAUUGACAUUUAUCAUCAUUUUAUUAAUUCAUUUACUUACAAAAGUUAUAGCUUAUAUAUUAUUGAUUGGUGUCAGCUUGAUGGUACUAGUAAAUAUGUUUUUACUUUGGUGGGAAUAUUUUACUUUGAAAAAACGUCUGGACAACACUAUUGAGGCACAAACAUUAAGUGCUGAUGCUUGCAAUGAACACACAUUCCUAAUACUUUCCAUCCUAUUUACAUUAUUUUCGGUUAUUAUACUUAUGUUGGUAUUGGCUAUGCGUAAGCGAUUGAAUUUUUUGUCCACUUUGUUUCACGAGUCGGCCGAUUGUCUAUCUAAACUCCCAGCCUUAUAUUGGCAACCUAUUUGUACAUUUUCUGUGCUGAUUUGUUUGUAUGCAUUUUGGACUGCUGUAAUCCUUCAUCUAGCUACAGCAAAUUAUCCUGGUACAAGAUCACUACAAUUAGUAACUGAUUUUGUAGAGAAAAACAUGACAACUAAUGAUUCAUCGAGUCUUGAAGAGUCAAAGAAACAUAUUUUGCCAUUCAUAAAUGCUGUUGAGUUUAAAGAUGCUACUUGGGUACGUUAUAUGUGGUGGGUAUAUAUAAUUGGCCUAAUAUGGUCGUCAGAAUUUAUAUUAGCAUGUCAACAUAUGAUUAUUUCUGGAGCAGUAGCAAAAUGGUAUUUCACCAACGGCAAAAAUAAAAAAUCUGUUGUUCUUUCUUCAAUGUAUAACCUGGCAUUCUACCAUUUGGGUUCUAUAGCACUUGGAUCUCUGUUAAUUAUUCUGUUUAAGAUUCCCAGGCUUAUAUUGACGACAUGUCAUUCUAAGAGCAAUUCAACGUCAACAAAUAACCGUUGUCUAAAAAAAACAUGCACUUGUUGUACAUAUUCGUUCGACAAUUUUUUCAAGUACAUCAAUCAUAAUGCAUAUACUAUAGUAUCAAUGGAAGGCAUUGGAUUUUGUUUAGCUGCUUCGAGGGCUUGGCAUGUUAUUGUUGGUAACGCUUUGAGAUUGGGUUCCAUAAACAGUAUAGGCGACUUCAUAUUAUUCCUGGCUAAGUGUUUGGUCACUCUGAUUAUUGGUUCUCUAGCAUUGUUCACUUUACGAUCAAACUUGGAAUUGCAUUUUCAUGCAAUACCAAUCAUCAUUAUAUGUUUAUUUGCAUUUUUCGUUGCUCACAGUGUCAUUUCAUUACACGAGGUAGUAAUCGAUACAUUAUUUUUGUGUGUAUGUGAAGACAAAAAUAUUAAUGGAGAAAUGUGGCACAAGAGUCCAAUAAUAAAACUGUCUAAGUCUAAAAAGCCAAUUGUAAAAAAUUCUACCAAUACACAAAUUGUGAAAACCAGCACAUGAGGUUGUUUUAAUUUUCAA